AUGUCAAGAAUGUUGCUGAUUCUGUUGAUAGCGAUACUGCCACUUGCUGCUCAUGGAUCAAGAUUGUACAGCUGGGCUAAUCGUCUUGAGGAAUCAGGGAAGGACAAGGUUACGAACCUUCAGUUCUAUUUCCACGACACCUUGAGCGGCAAGAAUCCGACCGCCGUCAAGGUGGCUCAGGCGGCCGAUACCGACAAAUCCCCGACGCUGUUCGGUGCCACGUUCAUGGUCGACGAUGCUCUCACCGAGACAGCCGAUCCCAAAUCCAAGCUCGUGGGCCGGGCCCAAGGCCUUUACGGUUCUUCAUGUAAAGAAGAGUUAGCUCUGAUAAUGGCGAUGAGCUUCUCUUUUGAGGACGGUCCGUACAAGGACAGCACCAUUAGCAUGAUCGGAAAGAAUUCGGCGAUGAACCCUAUUCGAGAAAUGCCUAUUGUUGGUGGCACGGGGAUAUUCAGGAUGGCUCGUGGCUACGCUAUUGCACAGACCAAUUGGUUCGAUCCAAAGACCGGUGAUGCCAUCGUUGGCUAUAACGUUACUGUUGUUCACUAA